CUGAGGAUGACACUCAGACAGUAGGACCAUCCGAGUUCUUUCUUCAACUCUAGGGCUGUCGGGCAAACUACCAAAGCAACGGAGGAGUGAAAGUGAGGCAGCCAUGAAUCUGUUCAGGAAAGACGCCAUGACCUCAAAGAAGGAGAAGGAAAAGGAGAUCCAGUAUGAGGAGCCUCCAGAUGGAGGUUGGGGCUGGAUGGUGGUGCUGCAUUGUUUCCUGGUAAACGUCUUAGUGAUGGGAACACUGAAAAGCUUUGGGAUCUUCUUCGUGGCAUUCCAAGAUGAGUUUGGAGGCUCGUCUGAGAGCAUCAGCUGGAUCGGUUCCAUCAUGUCGAGUCUGCGUUUGUCUGGAGCACCCCUUGCCUCUGUUGCAUGUGCCAAGCUGGGAGCCAGGGUGACCUCCAUCAGCGGAGCAGUGCUGGUUAGCGGAGGUUUCCUCAUCAGUAUUUUCGCCAACAGUGUGGUGUUUCUCUACAUCAGCAUGGGAGUGAUAGUUGGGAUGGGUUUUGCACUACUAUACCAAUCCUUCUCUGUGGUCACAGCGCUGUAUUUCCGAAAGAGGCUAGCAACAGCGUAUGCCAUCGGCCGUUCAGGAAUGGGAUUGACCUUUGCCCUUGCCCCAUUCACUCAGUUGCUCCUGGAUCAGUAUGCUUGGCAAGGGGCGAUGUUGAUCCUCGGUGGUCUCAUGCUGAACCUGGUGGCUUCUGGGAUGCUCUUACGGCCGAUCAACGUGAAGCCCCCCACGUCAAACCCUACCUCCUCUCCCAUGCAAAAAAGUCCGGCUGUCUCCAUCAAGAGCUCCUCAGAGAAAGAAUACACGAAGAGCUCCAUGAACGGCUCGACUCAUUUAUCGAAUGGCAUCUCCAAAUCAGACUCUUUCCCUUCCCCUCCCCCUCCUCCUCACAGUGAGAAUCUGAAGGACAAGUGUACUCAGGAUGCCCAGGACCAGUCUGCGAACCCUGAACUGACCAGACUGGUCCUAAAUGGGGUGAAUGGUCACUGUGACUUGGGUCAGGGUAAACCCACAAGUCCAGACGGCUCUACGGAGCUGAAUGGAAGCAUGAAUGGGUCCACUAUUGUUGGAUUUCCCUCACAUGCCAGCACGCCAACUGAGGUGGCUGUUAGUAAAGCCAAAGUUCUGGAUUUCUCUCUGCUAAAAGACCCUUUCUUUUGCAUUUACACCUGGUCCUUGGUGUUCAGCCAGCUGGCCUACUUCAUCCCUUAUUUUCACCUGUCUGCUCGUGCCAGAACGCUGGGCAUCGAUGCCAUGGAUGCUUCGUUUAUCAUCUCUGUGGCAGGUAUCACAGAGACUAUCGCCCAGUUGGCCUCAGGCUGGGUGACUGACAGGAACCUGUUCCAUAAAUAUCACUACCACAAAGCCUACCUGAUCUUGUGUGGCUUGGUCAACCUGCUCUCCCCGCUGGCCACCUCCUACAUCCUGCUCAUGGUGUACGCGGUCUUCUUUGCUAUCUUCUGUGGAGGAUACAUGGCUCUGCUGCUGCCUGUUCUAGUAGAUCUGGUGGGCUCAGAGAAACUCAACAACUCUAUGGGCUUCUCCAUGUUCUUCGUUGGCCUCGGUUGCCUCACAGGGCCUCCUUUGGCAGGCUUCCUGUAUGACUACACUCAGACGUAUGACUGUUCCUUCUACCUGGCGGGACUCUGUUAUCUGCUCUCCUCCCUCUCCCUCUUUUUGGAGCCACUGGCUCAGCGCUGGAGGGCCCGGAAAAAACUGACCCGCAACCAGAGGGCGGAAAGCAGCUGUAAGACCAAUGGCUGCUUCACCCCGGACCGCCUGCAGAACGGCGCUGUGUAGGAAUGAAACCCAGGGAAGGCC